ACGUUCUCAAUUUGACAGACGCGAGACAAUCGAUAUAAUAUUUUUUAUAACUCGGUCGAUAUUUUCGUUUUUCUUCUUGUUGAAAAGUUACAAAAAAAGUGUAAAAAUAUUGCAAAAAAUACAAAUAUUUCAUAAGAAAACACAAGUUAUCGAACUCAAAGAUUCACAACAAUAUUGGAAAUGUGAAGAGCAAAAAAAGAAUAACAAAUUAAAAACGGGAAAAAUUAAAAUAAUUUGUAAUAAACGACGUCUACGUCUUAACUUGAAAUUUUUUCACAAUAUUUUGUUCAUUGUGUGUGGUGGUGGUGAAUGAAGUGAAGUGCACGACAUUGAAGUUCCAUAACUGCUGCUUGCUGUCUACCGCUGCUGUACAACGUCGUCUCCCUGGUGUUUAAAAAAAAACAUUUGUCAUUUAUUGUACAAAUUUUAUUGAUAUUGUUGCUGUCGUUUGUUUUUCUUUGUGUUUUUUUUAUGUUUUUUGUGGCCUGCAAAAACACAAGAAAACAAACCCUUGUUGGAGACUAAAAGACUGAAGUUCUAAUUAUUCAUUUCGCUGGUCGAUUGACGUCCCCAAAAAAAGAAAAAGAAGUGCAGAAAACAGAAUAAUAAAAUUCUAAGCAAACAACAAUUAUUGAUCAGUUCUGUAUUUGAAAACGAGAAAAAAUACAAAUAAAAACAAUACAAAAUUUGUGCUUGGCCAGUGUGCUAGCUACUACAACAGCAAUUAAAAAACCAGGAAAAGGAGGAGGUGGUGGUGCAAGAGUAAGUUCAGUUCAGUUCUCUACUAUUACUGCUGCUGCUGCGGUUGUAUUGUAUUGUGCUGUCUGUCACAUAAUUAAAAAACAUACAAUUUUAGGGGCCUUUAUCAAAUAGUUACAGUUGCUGUUUGUAGUGCUGAGUGUUAAGUGCAAUGGUGAGCACCAAUCUUGUGGUGCCGGUGGUGUUGUGGGGGCCCACAGCUCCCACACACUGUGUGUCCAGUGUUUUUCUGUCCGAUGAUCAAACAACUUUAGCAACAGGUUGCUAUGAUGGUCAAAUUUGCCUGUGGCAUGUCGAACCCACUACAUUGAAAAUGUCACCGCGCUGUCUAUUGGUGGGGCAUACAGCACCAGUCCUAUGUUUGGUGAAAGCCUCCAUACUGGCCGACAAUAAUUUUCUGGUUAGCUCUUCGGAAAAUGGUGAAAUGUGCACGUGGGACUUGACAGAUGGCAAAUGUGCAGAAUCGGUAAAAUUGCCACAAGUUCACACACAAAUCCAAAGUUAUCACACAGCAAAUAGUACUGAUGUCAGACUAUUUUGUAUUGGUUACUAUCCGGAAAUCAUGGUAAUGGAUCCCUUCAGUCUGGAGGUCAUAUACAUGUUGAGUUCGAAAGUAAAACCUGAUUGGAUAUCAGCCUUACAUGUGUUGCGUCCCAUGCGUCGCAAAGAUGAUGUUGUAUUGGCCAUAACCACUACUGGCACAGUGAAAGUGUGGACAUUGACCGGCAAUGAGAACAAACAUGCCGAACCCAUCUACGAGAAUGAGUCCAAGGAGAUACGCUGUCUGAAUGCGAUAACCAUGAAUUGUUGCGCCCAAAAUCAGCGAACCGUUUUAAUUGUGUGCACCAAAUAUUGGCAGAUUUAUGAUGCCGGCGACUUUACAGUGCUGUGUUCGGUAAUAGCUCCAACACGAGAGCGUUGGCAGGGUGGCGAUUUUAUAAGUUCCGAUCGUGUAAUGCUUUGGACGGAUGAGGGCAAGGGUUAUCUGUACAAAUUACCGGCCAACUGUAUACCCGACAAUAAAGAAUUCCAUUCGAAGAGUGUAGUGCGCGACUCUCCUUAUCUGUAUUAUGUGCUACAGCAUCCUGGUGACAAAGUUUUGUCCUGCCCUCCGGCUAUGAAACUUUUACGCACCGAUGUUGAGGGCAAACCAGCCACCUAUUACCUCUUGAGAGGCGACUCGGAGGGUUUUAUUUCGGUGUGGACUGUUCCUGAUGUUCCUUUGGAUAAUAUAAGCAUAUUGCAAGCAAAACAAAUGCCUCCGCGAGUUCUCAAACCCUCCGUUUGUACAUCACUGGUGGAGGCCUGGUCCAUGAUGGAUCCACCACCCGUGGGCAUAUUGGACCAAUUGGCCCGUAUCACCGAUCACCCAGUAAAAUUAACUUCCAGCAUUUAUUUACCCCAACAAAGUCGUUUGGUUAUUGGUCGCGAGGAUGGCUCGAUAGUCAUAGUGCCCGCCACACAAACUGUCAUGAUGCAGCUGCUUGUAGGUAUUAAGCAAAACUUUAGCGAUUGGCCUUCACACCAGAUCCUUUAUGGUCACAGAGGCCGUGUUAAUUGUCUGUUGUGUCCUUCUUUGGUGCAUCCACGUUAUGAGAAAUCAUAUUUGCUGUCUGGAGGUGUAGAUUUUGCUGUCUGUCUAUGGGAUUUAUACAGUGGCAGUUUGCUGCAUCGUUUCUGUGUGCAUGCCGGAGAAAUCACACAACUCUUGGUGCCACCGGAAACCUGCAGUUCACGUAUUCUAAAGUGCAUUUGUUCGGUAGCCUCGGAUCAUUCGGUGACGUUACUCAGUUUGCAAGAACGUAAAUGUGUGACGUUGGCCAGCCGUCACUUGUUUCCGGUGGUAACCAUUAAAUGGCGUCCUUUGGAUGACUUCCUUAUAGUGGGUUGUUCGGAUGGUUCGGUGUAUGUGUGGCAAAUGGAAACUGGCCACUUGGAUCGUGUCUUACACGGCAUGCUGGCCGAGGAAGUAUUAAUGGUGUGCGAUGAACAAGUGGCCGACGAUACAUCGUGCAGUGCCCCCUCCACAAAUGCCGAAAUGGGCAUGGCCAAUCCAGCGGUCCACUUCUUCCGUGGUCUCAAGUCACGCAAUAUGAAUGCCAUACGCCAUGCCACUCAACGCGGCAUCACCCAAUGGCAACAACUACAUGGUCACAAUCAAGGCAACUUUGAUUUUCUAAUGAAACAUCGCAGUAAUCCCUUGAUAAUACAAGGUUUACGCACCAACCCUAAAGAUGCCGAAAGUCAUAUACUUUUCUUCGAUAUUGAGGGUUUGAUAUUUGAGCUGCACAGCGAAGAGUAUGCACAAAUGACUCCUAGUGAGUUGGAAGCUUUGGGCGUGGUCCUUAACAACCAAAAAGAUAAAACCCUACAUUUAGAGGCGUCCAAGAAGAUCAGCGAUUUCUUUGGCAAAGUGAAAAACAAGGCCGGUGACAUGGAAAAGAUACUAAAGGACAAAGAUAAACAUGGUUUUGUGCAAAAAUUCAAAGAAAAAACCGAAAUUGUGGAGAAAAAGGUACAAGCCAAGGUGCAAGAAAGUUUACAGAAAGUGGUCGUCGAACCACAAGAGCAUGAUAGCGAAAAUACAGAUUUGAAAAGCAAAAUUGCCUCUAAAAUGGAAGUUACCAAGGUCAUGGAGGUGGCUCAGUUACUAUUGUCUUUGCUACAUUCCUGGGGCUUGGAUCCUCACCUGGAUAAGGUGUGCGAAUCACAAUUGGGUCUUUUAAGGCCCAUGGUCCCCGUAUCAUUUGGCAUACUAUCCAAAGGGGGCUACAUGUCUCUAUUGUUGCCCACUUGGCAGAAUAACUUUGAAAUACCCGAGGGCAUGAAAGUGGUGGCUCCCAGCAGCUCAAAGAAACGUGACAUUCCAGCCGAAUUACUGAGACAAGAAGAACUAACAGCUGUGUUCACUUCACGCUUGCACUGGGAAUUGAGUACCACCCUAACAUCCAAUCAUAUAUUGGCUUUGGUGGCCAUGUCCAACACUUUAUUGUCUAUGAAUUCGGCCUCAUUUUUGCCUGAUAGCGAGAGAAGCAAAAAACUAAUGCGUCUGGCCCAACGUAGUGAUUCUACUCUUACAACCGAAGAAGAACGUGAAGAGCUAUUGGCUCAUCAUAUAUCGCAAAUAAAACAAGGCUGGAGUCUUUUGUCAACCCACCAUUGUUUCCUAUUGCCCGAUAAAAUUGAAGCCUUAGAACCAAAGAAAUUCAAACGACCUCAGGUGGAAAUGAUGGCAAAACGCUGGCAACAUCAUUGCAUAGAAAUACGCGAAGCAGCCCAACAAAUUCUUCUGGGAGAACUGAGACGUAUGGGAAAGCGCGGACGCAAACAGUUGGUAGAGAGCUGGGCUCAAUAUCUACCCAUGUAUACGCACACAGAACCAAUCGCUCAACAACAUGUGCAAAACACAAAUGGCGCCAACGGCCACAAUACAUCAAGUGGUUCAUCUAGUGGCCCAAUCAGCGAUGUCGACAACGGCGGCGAGGACUAUGAAGAGGAGGAAGAGGAAAUCAUACGCAAGCCGUCCAGUUUAUCUGAACUGAAACGUAAACAAACUACGGCCGUUAUACUGUUGGGUGUAAUAGGUGCUGAAUUUGGUCAAGAUAUAAAUCAAGAUUCACCAAGCCGAACUGCUGCUACUGCUGGUGGUGGUGGUGGAAGUGUGGCAGAUCGCCGUAAAUCUUCGGUUGUAGAAGGUUUUGGUAUAGCUAACAAUUUGGCACGUCUAACAUCAAUGGCUUUGGCUCAUCUCCUGUAUGCCCCACCUUCACCAAAGUUGCCUCAAUUUACCCCACUUCGUCGGGCUGCUAUAGAUUUAUUGGGACGUGGUUUCACCGUUUGGGAACCAUACUUGGAUGUCAGCAAAGUGCUGCUCGGUCUAUUGGAAUUGGCCUGUGAGGGCAAAUCUGUACCCAAUUUGAACUACAAACUUCCUUUGACACCCCAAGCCGAUGCUUGUCGCACAGCCCGUCAUGCAUUACGCCUAAUAGCGACAGCUCGACCAGCAGCGUUUAUAACAACAAUGGCUCGAGAGGUGGCACGCUACAAUAGUAUGCAACAAAAUCCACAAUCCAUUAAUGUGCCCCUCACACAGUCUGUCCUCUUCAAAGCCAAGGGUGAAAUACUCCAGUGCGUAGAGAUGCUGAUAGACAAAAUGCAGGCAGAAAUCGCCAGUUUACUGGUCGAAGUCAUGGACAUCACAUUGCAUUGUGUGGACAAUGUUGAAUUGAAAAUGAAAGGCUUGUCAGAUGUCUGCCCUUCCAUAUGUCGCUUCAAUCAAAUAUCACAUUGUCCCCAGUCAAGGCGUAUAGCGGUGGGUGCCAGCAAUGGCCAUUUGGCCAUAUACGAAUUAAGACAAAACAAAUGCCAAAUGAUACCGGCCCACACACAUCCCAUAACAUCGCUGGCUUUCUCACCCGAUGGCAAAUAUCUAGUGUCGUAUUCUUGCAACGAAAAUCGUUUGUCCUUCUGGCAAACCAGCACCGGUAUGUUUGGUCUCGGCCAAUCGCAAACAAGAUGCACCAAAGGUUAUUCAACUGCGCCCAUACCCGAUGUCUCACGACUUAAUCCCAUGCGUUUAGCCAAGCUAGUAUGGAUAAAUAAUCGCACUGUUACGCUAAUGUUGGCCGAUGGCUCGGAAACGCGUUUUAAUGUCUAGAUCUAUUUCUAUUACUAAUAAAAAAUGAUCACUCACCCAUAUGUAAGUUUACCCUAAGGUAUUAAAGACGUUUCUUAAAAAGUAACUAAAUUAUAAAGUAUAUACUCUAUAUGUAGAGAGAUGGAAAGAGCGAGAAGAGAGUGUUGUUUAGUAGUUUGAAAAAUAUGUGUAUGAAACGACGUUACAGCUAUAAUCAAUUAAUAAACUAUUUAAUAAAUAAAAUACAAUUACAAUUCAUCUUAUAUGCAUAUUGUUUUUCUCCUUCUUAUGAUUGUUGUAUGUACUAAAUAUUUCCAAAAUUAUUAUAUUGUAAUUUAAUUUUGUUUCUUUAUUUUUAUGGCAUUGAAAACACCAACAAAAUAUGUAAUAUUUUUUUAAGAAUACAACAAACAAACAACAAUAUACAAUAAAUAUUUUACACCAUUUAUUAUUAAAUUAUUAAACAAACAUAACAGAAGUUGAAACGAAUGCAUGCAUGUCGAAUUCAAUUUGAAUGUUUCUUAUUUGUUUUUAUCAUUAAUAUAUUUUGUUUUAAAUGCCGAUCAUAUUAAAUAUAUUUGGCAAUCAUUAGAAUAAUAAAAUAAAACGAUAUCUAAGCAAGAAUAUUAUAGUAAAAUAAUUUAAUGAUACAGAAAAUUAUUUAAUUAAACAACAAAAUCAUAUUAUUACAUAAUAAAUAACAACUUUAUGGGUUUUUUCGGUCAGUCAGUUGAAGUUUAAGGAAAAUGGUUAUUUAUUGUAAAUAUUACAAAAAUGAGACAAAAAUAAUAGCUGAGGCCGAAUGUUAUUUCUAUAAAUUUAUUACUCAGAAGAGAACAAAAAUAUUUGAAUUCAAUUUUCCGAAGCUCCAAAAUAUGUUACAUACAUGAUUGAUACAUCAAUAUAUCCGCUAUAGUCCCUUUUAGUUUGCUAUUUAAAUUUGGGGAAUUCAAAUUUUAAUUUUUAAACAAAAAAAGUUUUUUCGCAAACAAAUUUAAAAAAAUUAAUUUAAAAUUUUUUUUACUAAAACGGACAUGGCCAAAAUCGGGAAAAAUAUUUUCAACCCGAAUUUUUUUUCAAAUAAUUUUUUUUUUUCAUCAAACAAAUUUUAAUUAUAAAAACGUUAUACAUAUAACUAAAAAAAGUUUUUCGCAAAGAAAUUUAAAUAAAAAAAAUUUUAAAUUUUAUAAGAUUAGGCACAGCCGAUUAUAACUCUAUAGGUGUUUUAAAGGUUCGUUUGAAAAUAGUUUAUUUUUGUGAGAAAACGUGGUUUAAUCUAUUAAAGAAAUGCUUUCAGAGCUUCAAUGUCACGAAGUAACCUCCCAAAGUAAAAUGUUUAAUUUAGGUUUAAAUAUUUUUUAAACCUUUCAGUUUCAACCUUAUCAUCUAAUAUUCUAUAAUAAAUAACUGUAUUCCUUAGACGCAAAUGAGAAUAACCCCAAAAUAUAUAAAUGAAUUAUAAUUGUUAGAAAAAUUAAACCUAAACUGUUAUAAAAAUGAUAUUUGUUAUAUAAAACUUAUAAAAAAAGGAACUUGUUAUAAAUUAAUUGUUUUAUUUCUUAAUUAUUAUUAUAUUAUUCUUUAACAAAAAAAAUUAUAAAAAUUUAAAAAAAAAACUUAGAUUUAAAUUUACUAAACUAUUAAUUUUUAUUAAAUUGUAUAAUAGUAAGUGUAUAAACUAAAUUGCAACUAUUCUACAAUUAAUUCUUCUAUAUUAAAAGUAUUGUGUUUUAUACUAUAAACAAAACAAUUUACACAAAACUUAACUUCUUCUAUUUUUUUAAAAAAAGAACAACUUGGGGUUUUCAAAAACACUUUUGUUAUUAUAUAUGUAUUUUAUUUUAUUUUAAUUUCUUACUAUUUGGCUCUUACGAACACCACACCCGCCCCUAGAAAAUUGUUGUCUCUUUGUAAUUUAUACUUAAAAAAUAUAAUUCCAUUAAAUGGAGCCCCUCUUAAAUAUAAAAUAUUAUUUGUUUGUUUUUUUUUUUUCAUCUAAUUCCCUCCCUCCUCUUUAUGCUACUAAUUAUUAAUUGUAUUUUUCAUAUUAGACAAAUAAAUAAAUAAAAAUUACAUCGUUUUAAAGAAAAUCUAUGUAUAUGUACUAUAUUAUUAUUAUAAUCAAUCACAUUUAAAAACAUUGAUAUUUUAAUUAGGGGCUUUCAAAAGCCUAACAUACAAUGAAUAAUUACAACAAUAAAAAUGAAAAAAAUAAAAACACUAUUCAUAUAUAAACAUAUACACACCUACACACACACAAUUUAAGUACAUAAUACUACAAAUUAACAACAACUAAAAAUCAUAAUUGUAAUAAAUUACCAAAAAAAUUAAACGAAAUUGUUGCAAUUGAGAAAAAUAAAACUAUUGUACAUGUGCUUAUGUUGAAUGUUUCUGCUUCUCCUAGAACAAGGAGAACAAACAAAAUUUUGAAAUGAAAAUAAAGUAAAAAGUAUUAAUUAUAAAUUAAAAACAAUAUACAAAACAAAAUAUAUAUAA